CCGAAAGGGAAUGUGAGGGAGAGAGGCAAAAUCUGCAUAUUGGAAAAAAAAUUCUAGCUAAGCAAUCAAGUCAGAACUUGAAUGUUAAACUCCCAGCUUGUUGCGGAGAGAGAGAGUUAAGCUCCCAGUCCUAGUGCGAGGACGGAGAGAGAGAGAGGGAGGGAACUGAGAGGCUGGCACAGCAAGUGAGAAACAGAACAGACAGCCUCUGUUUCUCUCUGAAUCAACCCAGAGAAGGUUAGUCUCAAGUUUCCUCCCCCCUCCUUGAAGAGAGUUUCCCUAGGUGUGGUUGGUUGGUGCAGAAGGGGGCACAGUGGGCUAGUUAGUGAGGUGCCCUCCUGGCACAGAGCUUGGUGCUGUACUGUGGUGAGGAGCCUGCUGGACUUGCUGGGAUCUUUACCAUAUGGUGACAUUGACUUAGAAAGCAGCAAUCGGAUGACAAGGUGAAGGGAAGCUUCUGUAAGAAAGUCUUUGUCCAGGACGACCAGGAAGCUGCUGUAGAGAAUGGACGAUUCAGGAUCCUGGUCGGAGGCAUCAAGCCCUGAAGCAUCAUUGCCACCCUCAGGGAAAAAAGCCAAAAGCAAGGCUCCUCUUCCUCCAGGAGAAGUGAGGUACGCUGAAAGCUUGCCAUCGUUUGAUUCAGCAGAUACAAGUUAUAACAUGGAGCAGAAAGAGAACAUCAUCGAUCGAGAAAUUGAACUAACCGUGGUCCUUCCUGGAGAAAGGACAACUUCAACCACAGUUAAUGGCAGCAAACCAAUGAUGGAUCUACUGAUAUUUCUAUGUGCACAGUAUCAUUUAAACCCAUCAACUUACACAAUCGAUCUCAUUUCUGCCGAUAAAAGUCUGGUAAAAUUUAAACCAAACACGCCGAUUGGAAUUCUGGAGAUAGAGAAGGUUGUUCUGAAGUCGAAAGUUCCUGAUGACAAAAAUAAAAAGCCUGGGCCUAUUAUACCAGAGCAAACUGUUCGCGUUGUAAUAAAUUACAAGAAAACACAGAAAACUGUAAUGAGAGUUAGCCCCCACAUCCCACUUCAAGAACUCAUUCCCUCAAUCUGUACUAAAUGUGAGUUUAAUCCCCCAUACACUGUGUUGUUGAAAGACUAUCAGUCCCCUAGUCCGUUGGAUUUAACGAAGUCUCUCAAUGAACACGGCUUAAGGGAACUCUAUGCAAUGGACAGAAGCAAAGCUACUUCACCGACAGCCUUACAAGAAACUUUCUCGAAUAUGGACACAAAGCAAAAUGACAACAAUAAGUUUUUCAACUUUUUCCGUAGAAGUAAAAAGAAACGGGUUCAAACGUCAAGUGCUCCUGCAACUCCACUGCUCAAUAACCCCAGGCCAACAAAUAUAACGAGGGCUAAUACUGUUUCUAAGUCCUAUGACUCGAGCACUAUGCCUUCUGAUGUGCCAAAGAAAAGGCGAGCCCCACUGCCUCCAAUGCAUCCUCUGCAAAACUCCAACAUUUCUCGUGGACAGAUGAGGACAUCAUCUUGUGUUGUAAAAUCUAUUAGUGCUGAUGACACGGCAAAGAGCAUUACACCAAUUGAAAGGUCAAGAACAAGUUCUUUGCAACUGAGUGGAUCUUCACCUUUUAACUCCUCUCUACGAAGAACCAAGCGCAAAGCUCCCCUACCGCCUUCUCCAUCUCCAAAAUCACCACAGGACGAGAACAGUAAUGAAACAGCGCCUGUGUUAGAUGAAUCUGCCCACGUGGAAACUAUUACUGCGAAAGAAAUCCAUGAUUCAACGACAACAGUCAAUGUCUCCGAACAUAUUCUGCAAGAGUUCGAAGGAAAAGAAGAUGAUCGAAGCACCCAGCUAGUUACAACUUUUACCAAUAAUGAAGUAGAUAGUAUUUCUGGAUCACACAAUUCUUCUAUGAUGUCUGAUGUAGAACAUUGUCCCGGAACGCCAGAAAAUGAGAGAACAAUCACUAAUGGCGAGUCAUGUCAGUCCAAGGCAGACUACACUGUAACUGAAACUACUACACUUGAAUAUGUAAAUAAAGAGCCCAGAGAAAUUAUCACAGAAACACAAACAUCAGAACAAGUGAUAAAUAAUCACUCAACUGAAACAAAAGAAGUACAAGUUGAGCAAGAGUACUCUUCAACAGUACAGGAUCAGCAUAAUCAAAGUCAAUAUACUGAUCUUCAGGACAAUGUUCAAGUUGUACAGAAUGAAAUAAAAGAGAGGUUGGCUCAAACAUGCACAGAUAAGGGGAAAACUCAGGAUUCAGCUGUUCAAACUAGUUUCUACAGUGACGUAGAGCAUUUGGAACAUAGGCCACAUUCCUCAUUGGCACUAUAUAGCCAUGCAAACUAUGUCACGUCUGAAGUUAAUAGUCAACCAGUUCAGCAAGCCCCAUUAAUUGAUGAACAGGUGGAGGUUUCAGUGAAAAAGCAAGAUUACCAAGAAUGCAUUGAUCCCGGUAUCAAAACUGCAUAUUCUAAGGACAGCGUACAGACACAAACGAUUAACGUUAAGGAAAGCGUUCUGGAAAGUCCUGUGAAUCCUCCACCAAAACAAUAUCAACAAAAUUUUGAACCUAAACCUAAGCCUUCCAAUGAAAUCACUAGAGAUUACCUCCCAAAGAUUGGGUUGACCACUUACAAAAUUGUGCCGCAAAGAUCAUUUGACAUGGAACGAUUUUCUGUAUGCGAAAGUACACAGGAAACCCAGAAUUCUGAUUCUUUGGUACAUGAUGACCAGGAGUGCCAUGCAGAUACAUUUAGGAAGAAUGAGUCGCCUCAUAUCUCUCCUAUUGAAAAUAAGGAAUUUUCUUCAGUGGUUCGAAAUGGAACCCACACUACUCAGUAUGGACCCCCUGUUGCCCCAAAAAGCCCACUCUCUAAAAGUAACAUUGAAGCUAUUCAAAAAAAUCACUUGGCUUUAACGAGAAGUUUAUCCUCUGCUCCAGCACUAAUAACUGCAAAUAGUAUCCCUGAAUCAAAACCAAAACCGAAUGUCUCAAGCUCUGUGAAAGCUCCCAGCUCGUUCUACUUGCAGAUGCAAAGGCGAGCUUCAAGCAUGUAUGUGACGUCCGCAGCUGCUAAAUCGGCAAAACCAUUAACCAGUACUACUGACAAAACAGUUACAGUUAAAGAUUCUAUAUUGGACAAUUCACAGUUAAGCAAUAAAACACUUCCUUCAAGGACUGAUGUUUUACACCUCGUUUCCAAACAGGAUGAAAAACAGUCCGAAGAGAAGCCAACGUGUGUAACACAGACUUCUGUGGCAAAGCAUGGGGGCCUUGAAACUAUUUAUGAUGACCAUUCUGAAGUUGAAACAAACAGUACACAUGUGCAUGCUAUUUCAGAAACUACUUAUAAGCAAAGUGCAUCAAAAAAUGAAGUUGACUUAAGUAAUACUAUUAUAGAACAAACUGGGAAUUUGUCAUACGGAACAAAAAAAUUACAUUUAGAUCUAUUGCCACCAGUUCAAGAACAACAUUCUGAAUACAUGCAGACAAAACCAGUAAAUGUAAUUCCCAAGGAAGGUCCUUCAGAUGCUGUACGCCAUGAGCAUAAAUCAGAAGAUGUUUGUAUUACUUCAUCUAGUAGAACACUUCGUUCGCCAACAAGUCCAUCGGCACCAUUAAGCUUGCAAAAGCUAAGAACUUUUGCCACACCCAGGCCAUUUCUAAGUAGUAAUUCAUCUGCAUCUUUCUCCACUGCUAUAAUCUCCUCAGUGAAACGAUCACAGUCAUUCAGUUCUACCACCUCCCCUGUUAAGGAACCAUUGGAAACGGAAAUAAAUUCGGCAUGGUCCUCUGACCGUUCUCCAGUCGAAAUAAAGGAGGAUUCUUCUCCCACCUCUGAAAUUUCUCAGGAGGAGUCUGUGGAAGAGAUACUAACCCCUGAACUAAAAUACAGAGUGCAUAGUCCACCACCAGCUUUUGAAAAAAACCCUGCUGUAUCAUUUCAAAGUUCUGACCCCGAACUUAUCCACCAGAGUAUGAUGGCUGCCAUCCGCUCAGGAGAGGCUGCUGCCAGCCUUAAAAGGAUUACCAUUCGUUCAAACACAAUCGCUGUAAACGGAAGAUCUCGGAUCAGUCAUCCAGCUUAUUCAGAAAUGCAGCAUGAGGUCUAAAUUUCUAAACGUUGUGCCAAAUACUGUGCAUGGUUAUGCAACCAACACGGCAUUUUGUAAAGUUUAAUUGUUAAAAAGCUUUGAGUUAAAUUAAAAUAUAUUUUAAUAUAUUACAACGAGAUGCAAGCAUAUUGCAGUAAUUUCCGUGGUAUAAACCUAAGAAGACAUGGUUGGAUUUUUUUUUAUUUUUUUUUAGUUAACUUAAAUAAACUGCCUGCCAUUUUUUGUUUUCAAUCACUCUAGUGAUCUGAUUUUGUUUUCUUGUUGUUAGACUUUAAAUCAAAAACGUGAAUCCACAAAAUCAGUUAAUGUUUAUUGUUUAUGUCUAAAUCAAUGUAUAAAUUGCUGCAAUACUUUUUCCUUUUUGAUGUUAAAAUGAUGUAAUUAUUCUUUAAAGUCAAAUUUACUGUAUAUUUACGGUCAUGGUUGCCUCAAGUUUCUGCAGAUAAUUAAAAAAAAUAAAAUCUGCAACUAGCAGUGUUUAACGUAAAUAUAAGAAAUAUUCUAGUUUCUAUAGUAAGUGAAAUAAAUCUUUUUUUUAUCAUCUAUACUUUGUUUGAUAAUGUAAAAAAAAUAGUACUGUUAAAAAAAUGU